CGCACGGGGUAGCAAGUCGCACGUGACCUAAAUUCGUCGUUUAUUUACGGGUAUUCCCCUGUCAGUGCACACAACUGGGGAUUUAAAUGAUCAUAAACGGACAAAAAUUAGAAAUUCCACGCUAAGGAUCAUAUGUCGUUACAUGCUUCUAUGUAAAGUAUUUAAAUGUGAAAAGUGCCUCGCCCUGUUCUCGCUAAGUCACGGAACUGAUUUAACAGAGUACAUCCCAAGGUAUUCUGACAGCGAGGUACCUGUGUUUACUUAUAUCACAUGUACACUUCGUUAUCACCUGUCGUUACCUGGUCUGAUCACGGUAUUAGUGAGUAAACUGUUAUCGCCGAUUGUUAGUUCUCUGUCCCGUUAUCAGAUCCCGGAAGUUACCCCCGCGCCAUUGUUUUCAUGAUGUUGUUGUCCCAGGACGAGUCAUGAAGCAGAUUCUUGUGAUAGUACUGAUUCUAAUUCAGACACAGGGAUGUCUAAUGAAAUCAGAUCAGAAUAUUUUAAAUGAGUAUAUUCGCCAUUAUGAGGAACUACGCUACGACACAAAGGAUCUCCACGCCGCUCACGUCAGGGCCAAGCGGUCAAGCAGCAGGUCCCUGGACCUCAGAUUCUCCUCCCACGGAAGAGAUUUUCAUCUAGAUCUCUAUCCGUCUGACAGUGUGUUUGCGCAUGAUCAUAAAUCUCGUCACCCGGAUGGUGAAAGUCACGUGGACACUUCUUUCAUUUAUGACGGACGAGUGCGGGGCGUCCCCGGAAGCCAGGUGCACGGUGCCGUUCUGCGUGGGAUAUUUCAGGGAACCAUUGUGUUGUCCGAGGACGAGAUUUACUUCAUUGAACCGUCUGAUCGCUACUUCCGGGAGACACGACGUCCGCAGAACUUCCACUCCAUCAUCUACCGGGAAGAUAACAUGAUCCUUGAUCCCUACCGAUACAAACGCGCAGGCGCGAAUCAUGGCGGAAGCUGUGGUUUGGACAGGAAUGAACAGUGGAUGUUGGAAAGGAGUCAAACGGAUAGAAACGGAUUUGGCGAUUUCUACAGCCACGCCUCCUCAGGAAAUAAAUACAGUAGGAAAUUAAAUUCCGAGUCCCAGCGUCAGAAAAGAGCGUCCUCUGGAUGCUACACAAAGCCAGAGCGCACCUGUAAUCUGUAUCUGCGGGCGGAUCCAGUUUUGUUUAAUGAGACCAGAACCAGACUAAAUGGGAACACAGCAGCCGCCAAUGACGAAAUUUUGGCCAUGUUCUCCAAUCACGUGUUUGCGAUCAAUCAGAUCUACAGUAAUACCAAGUUUCAAACUUUCUGGGGCACCACCCCAGGGACGCCAUGUUUUGAGGGGUUCAACUUCAGGAUACAGAGGACAACGAUUAUGACGGACGAAUCCCUCCAAUGUAACAACGUCUUACGCACCACAUCGCUCAGCUUCUGCAACCCCAACAUCGACGUCAGCAACUUCCUCAACCUGAAUUCUAUGCAGGAUCACGAUGAGUUCUGUUUAGCAUUCGUUUUCACCUAUCGGGACUUCUCGGGAGGAACCCUUGGAUUAGCCUGGGUGGGAUCACCAUCCGCUGCUGCAGGGGGCGUAUGUGAGCGGUAUAAGGCGGUGCGGGAACAGGGAAGGACGGUACAGAAGAGUCUGAACACGGGAAUAGUGACCCUCAUUAACUACGCCCGCCGGGUACCCCCGCGGGUCUCGCAACUCACCUUCGCUCAUGAAGUGGGACACAACUUUGGCUCCCCGCACGACACGGGGUCUAUCUGUGCCCCGGGGGGUGACCAAGGGAAUUUUAUCAUGUAUGCAAGCGCAACCAAAGGAAACCGUCCAAACAACGAACAUUUCUCUAAAUGUAGUAGGGACAACAUCACACGCGUGCUGGACGCGGUGGUCAACAGCAGAUACGGGAAGACCAACUGCUUCAAAGCGUCGGGCGCGGCAUUCUGUGGUAACGGUAUUGUGGAGGAGGGCGAGGAGUGCGAUUGUGGCUACGAAGACGACUGCAGUGACACCUGUUGUAAUGCACGUAGCAAUAUCCUGAAUGCCGCAGACGAUACGCUGAAAUGUACGCUCAAAUCAAAGUCGGGCGGAGGAAAGGUGGCAUGCAGUCCCUCACAAGGCCCAUGUUGCAGUGAAUCCUGCGAGUUCAGAUCGAGUACCAACGUUACAUGUCGUGUAUCCACGGAGUGCAGCAGUGAAGUGUACUGUAGUGGUACGAGUGCUGUUUGUCCCAAUGCAACAAACGAACCGGAUAUGAAGUACUGCAGUGACUUCUCCCAGGUCUGCGUGGACGGGGUAUGUCAAGGCUCGUUGUGUAAAAAGAUCGGUCAUUCCACACUUAGCAACACUGGCAACACUGGCAACACGUCCUGGGAUGAAUGUUACAUUGACUCCGGUAGCGGUCCUUUUUCUGUGGAUCAGAAACAAAGAAUGUGUUACUUAGCCUGUAAACAAGAGGGCAAUGACACUUGCUUUGUAUCAGCUGAUUCCAAUGUUCCACAGGAGUUCUUAGAUCUACUGACGGAUGUGAAAAAUAAAUCUGGAUUAGCGCAGCAGCAGCAUAUCUCUGUAGCAUCAGGUACACCCUGUAACAAUUACCGCGGGUACUGUGACGUAUUCCACAGGUGCAGAGGGGUGGAUAAUGACGGGCCGCUCGAACGCCUGAAAAACCUGAUUUUUGGCGAAGAAACUCUCUCUACUAUUCGAGACUGGAUAAUCGAACAUUGGUGGGCAGUUAUGUUAAUGGCGAUCGCAGUGAUUAUCUUAAUGGGCGGCUUCAUCAAACUGUGUUCAGUCAACACACCUAGUGAAAAUCCGAAGCUAAAGAAAUUCCGAGAUAAGAACAAGAAGGAAAGAGGACCAGUGAAAAAUCCAGGACCAUAUUAUAUUGAUGGCCACAAUAAGCGACCCCAGGGCAAUAACAGACGACCGGAGGGCAAUAACAGGCGAUCAGAGGGCGAUAAUAGGCGAAAUAUGGAACUUAAAAGAGUCUAGCCAUAUAUGAUAUAAUAUUCAUAAAUUGUUGUUGCGUUUUUGAAUCAAUGAACUGUGCCAAACUCUCGUGAUCAAACUCUCGUGAUCAAAUUCAGUCCAGUUAGUUGUUUUGUAUGUCUGAAUUAGUGUUUAUAAUUUUCGUUUUUAUUAGAUCCUGUUUUCACAAACAAGAUAGGCAUUGAUGAGAACAUCAUAGAUUGUUGUGCACACAUUAGGACAAUUUUAUUAUUCAUUUGGAGUUUCAAGUUUACAUUUCUCAUCGACACAGAGUAUUUUUUAUACGCUCAAAGAAUUGAUGCAUUCAUUGCAUUAUUGAGAUAUUGAUGUCAGAGAGGUUUCAUAGUGCAGUCUUUGGACAGCUCCUGCUUAUUCUGUAGAAAUGAAGCAAUCGUUGUAUCAUUAGUAUAUUGAUAGCUCUCUUGUAGUGAGUUUUAAAUAUUAAUGAUUAUAUAUUAUGUAGCUUUAAAACAUUCUUUGUAUCAUUAAUACACGUAGAUUAAUAUGAGUAUUUAUUCUGUAGCUUUAAAACAUUCAUUGUAUCAUUAAUAGAUCGAUAUCACGGAGUCUUUGUAAUGCAGUCUUAUGGAAAAUUACAUAUGUUCAAAUGUAUAUUCUGUAGAAUUAAAACAAUUAUUUUAUCAGUAAUGCAAUUCAAGAACUUUACAGCUGUAAAACAUGCUUAUAUCGAACGAAUUCACACUUCUAUGAAUCCCCUUUUAUAACGAAUUCACGCUUAUUUUCUCAUUAUGAAGUGAUGUUAUGAUAGAGUUAUGAAAUUGAUUACUGUUCGUUAUCUUCGCCUUUCAUCCAUUCCCUUAUAAGAGGAAAAUAACGAAAUUGUAAUAGGAUAUAACGAAAUUUGUUUAUAAUGUAGUGUUUUUCACUGGCCCUGAAGGUUAAGUAAAACCGUGUUUUACUGUAAUACGAAGUUUGGUUAUAAUGAACUGUUUUUCGCUGGCCCUGGAUAUUCGUUAUAACCUUGUUUUACUGUAUAAUGAAGUCUGGUUGUGAUGAAUAGUUUUGUCCCUGUAGCUUCGUUUUAAUCGUGUUUUACUGUAUUUAUUUUGGGGGUUACAUUUAGUUUAACAUAUCUAUUACGGAGUACAUGUGACAGGGUUAUAGUUAGUUGAUUUAUCUAUGUAUGGGGUGUUACAGGGAUACUAUUUAGUUUAUAUAGGGGGAUUAUUAAGGACGGGGGUUAUAAUUAGUGCAGUAUAUUUAUAUAUAGGGGGGGGGGGGGUCAUUUCGGGGUCAUAUAUUUAGUUCAGUAUAUUUAUAUAGGGGGGUCAUUUCGGGGUCAUAUAUUUAGUUCAGUAUAUUAAUUUAAGAGGAUUAUGACAGGGAAUCAUAUUUAGUUCAAUACAUUGAAUUAGAGGGAUUAUUAAGGACGGGGUCAUAUUUGAUUCAAUACAUUGAUUUAGAGGGAUUAUUAAGGACGGGGUCAUAUUUAGUUCAAUAUGUUUAUUAAGUGGGAUUAUUUCGGGGUUAUAUUUAGUUCAAUAUAUUUAGGGGGGGGGGGGGGCUAAGGGAGAUUGUCUUAAUCUUAAUGUUGUAUUCUUUAUUUGAAUUGUAAGAUUGAUCACUGUACAGUGCCUUGUGAACCUAGGUUAAAAUAGGUCCUCAGUACCCCUGCUAGUUUCUAAUAUCCAUCCAUUAAACGUAUCAUCUAUCCGUGUAUCUAUUUCAAAUACAUUCUGUACAUGUGAGUAUCAUUUCAUAUUCCUCACAGCGGUGAAAUAAAACAUAAAUGAGUGAAA